ACUUCGGGUUACUAAAUAGUGAGCCGAGCCCUUAGAAAAUCUGUCUUGGUCCCUGUUAUGGAGGGCAGUCGCUCAAGGCUUGUCGCUGACUGAAACUACACUGCUUUUUGUAACCCUGUGACACACAAGAUGGCAAUUUCAUUGAUUUGUCAAGCAGGAUAUAGAACAGCUGCUUCUCUGUAUUGCAGGCUGCAUUCAACCUAUGUCAAGAGAAUAAGGUUUAUGUUACAAAGGAGGAUUGGAUGCCAAAUGAGAACACCUCUGAACAGGGCAAUCCAGACCCCUGAUCUGCCAUGCUGGAGGGGGGCUGGAUUACUGUUUGGCUCUGCCAGCGGAGGCAGGUGGAAACCCUGCCCCAGAAACUCUCAUUUUGGGGGGAAGAGGUAUAUGUUUGAGCUAAAAGAAGAUGAUGCUGCAUGUAGGCAAGGCUAUAACUCAGGAACUUUUUUCCUGUUUUACAACUUCUCUCCCUUCUUGCAACACAAAGGAACAAUGGUCUUGGCCCCAAAGAUAAAUGCAUCAGAAAUUAAAAGAAUUCUGGAGAAGUUCAGACAGGGAGAAGAAAGGAUAGAGGAUUCCAUGCUGGUUGGUUGUUCAGAUGAGUGCACACCAUAUUUUGCUUUGGAUCUAGGAUUCUUGGAAAGAUCUGCCCUUGAAUCUGAACUCAAUGGAUCAUUUGCAGAAUUGCGGAAAGCUUUCUUCCAGUUAGAAGAGGAAGAUGCAUCCUUGAUUUCCACGGCUCAGUCUCUCCUUCGCUGGCAUGACAACAACCGAUAUUGUGGCAAAACUGGGCAGCCCACAAUGAAGAACCUGUCUGGGAGCAAACGGGUUUGUCACAGCAGUGGAAUAAUCUAUUACCCACAGAUAUUUCCAGUGGUCAUUACUUUGGUAUCUGAUGGGAGUCGAUGCCUUCUUGUACGGCAAGCAUCAUUUCCUAGAGGGAUGUACAGUGCUCUGUCUGGCUUCUGUGAUAUGGGUGAAACUUUGGAAGAUACAGUCCGGCGGGAAGUGGCUGAAGAGGUGGGAUUAGAGGUGGAGUCUUUGUGGUAUUCUGCAUCUCAACACUGGCCAUUCCCAAACAGCACACUAAUGAUAGCUUGUCAUGCGCUGGUGCACCCACAACAGAGUAAGAUUAAUAUCAACAUACAGGAGCUAGAAGCAGCCAAGUGGUUCAGCCAUGAGGAGGUCGUGAAGGCUCUUGGACGGGAACCAAAAUCUUCCAAAGAAAAGGAUGACAGCCUUUCUUUUUGGGUGCCACCUAAGCAAGCCAUAGCCCACCAGUUAAUUCAAGAAUGGGUUAAGAAGCAAGCCUCUGUGCCUGCUUAGAGAUGUCUGUUCAACCAUUUACUGCUCCAGGAAUUUCUCAUAGGAUUCCAGGGAAGAAAGAGGUCUCUCAACAAUCAACUCGAUUCCAAGAAAGACGUAAGAUAAGACUGAGGUACAUUGUUAUUCCUGUAACGAACACAGAGAGUAUUAGCUGGUAAACUACAUUCUGCGCAGGGCACACAACACGCUUGCAAACCAUGCAGCAGCGAAAAGGUUAUAAUUCUCUUAAUAUGAAAUGAAAAAAUAUGUUUAUGUUUCAGUACCCUUCCAGUGUCGAAGAAACAUUUUUGAAAUGAUGACGUUAUGGUUUCACCUGCGUCACAGAAAAAGACAGUACCCAGUGACAACAGUGCAUGCUUUGCUGCAUGAUGUUUUCAAAUUCCAAUCUUAAACCAUCGAAGCUUUUAGAACACUGCAACAAACAGUACGGUGGUGAAGCUGCAGGACAUACUGUUAGCGCCUUGAAAAUUAAAAGGGCAAAAUUUGAUGCUAGCGGUACUAUCACUACUUUUACGCAUGCGUCAGUUCAGAAGCCAUUGUUACAAGCUUCUUAUCAAGUUGUGUAUAUGUGUGCAAAAAAGAAGCCUCAUACAAUAACUGAGGAAUAAAACCGUGUGCAUUGGAAAUAGCAAACACUGUGCUAGGUUCAGAAGCACAUAAGAAAAUACAACAAAUUCCCGUCAAAUGAUGUAAUCCAAUCGAAAAUUAACGACAUGAGUGAAGACAUUUUAAAUCAAGUGAUCGAAGACAUAAAAGCCAGCCCUCUGAAAGUGGCUAUCCAGCUAGAUGAGUCUACUGAUGUCAGUAAUUGCAGUCAGCUGCUAGUGUUUGUGCGUUAUGCAAAUGAGAGAGAUAUUACCAAAGAGUUCUUGUUUUGUGAACCACUGGAAUUGACAAUAAAAGUAAUUGAUGUGUUUACUCUCAUCAAAGGCUUUUUUUCUGAAACAUGAAGUUUUGAUGGAUGUUGUAGGAUCAAUUUGUACUGAUGGUUUAGGCAAAAAUUCAGCUUUUGUUUCUUAUGUGAAAAAAGAAAAUCCAGGUGUUAUGAUUAGCCAUUGUAUGCUACACCAACACGCACUUAUGGCAAAAACUUUGCCAGAGAAUUUGAAAAAUACUUUGUCUAAUGCGGUGAAAAUUGUAAAUUAUGUCGGAGGACGGGUGACCAACCAUUGCCUUUUUUGUGCUUUCUGCGAAGAAAUUGGUUCUCUUCACACCAUCCUCCUUUUCCACACAGAAGUGAGAUGGCUUUCUAGAGGUCGAAUGCUCAGUAGAGUAUAUGCAUUGCGCAAAGAAAUAAUUCAGUUUCUCAAAAACCAAGGGAGUAACUUUGUUGAUGAUUUUCGUAAGAGUGAUUCUAUUCUUCAGUUGGCAUAUUUAGUAGACAUAUUUACCCAUCUCAAUGAGUUAAACGCAUCUUUGCAAGGAUAUGACAUGAACAUCAUAAAGAGCAGAGAAAAACAGUCAGCUUUUAUGGGAAAACUCUCAAUGUGGAUAAAGUGAGUGGAAAAGAGUAAUUUUGCAAACUUUCCAGAUGACACAAAUUUAAUGGAAGAUGGCAAUUGAAAUGAAAGCCAGCUCUCAUGCUCAUACGCAGUUUCAAAAAAUGAUGUUAGGACAGUUCUGGUGUUCUCAACUGAAAACAUUUCCACGUUUGGUGAAGGCAGCACUUCAGUUUCUUAUGCCAUUUGCCAGCACCUACCUAUGUGAGGUGGGCUUUUCAUCACUUCUUCAUAUAAAAACAAAGGCCAGAAACUGCUUAAAUGUGACUGAUGAUGUUCGUGUGGCCCUUUCAAAAAAAGAGCCACGUAUAAUGAAAAUAAUUGAAAAUAAGCAGAAAAUGAGAGCAGAAGAGCCAUUAAAAGAAGUUUUUUUAAUUGUA